AUGACCAAGAGAACAGUUGAGACUCUCUGCAGAGAGGUUGAUAAUAUGGUUAAUAAUCUGCUUCAUUUGUCAAGGCAUAGGUUCGUACUAUGGCUGGCUGCUCAAAAGAAAUUGCUGACAAAAGAUAGGAUGGCUGAUAUGGGCAUAGGCUAUGAUAAAGCAGCGUGUGUACUCUGUGAUCAAGACGGACCGGAGGACCACACACAUUUAUUUGUUGAUUGCGAAUGGUCUAAGGCAGUAUGGAGUGGCAUUGAACAGUGGCUGGGGGUUCAGGUUCCUCAAGUAGAGGCCAACAUGGUGUUGCAGUUUAUCCAAAACAAACACUGGUGCAGAAUGAAGAAGGAAGUUAUAGCUGUUGUCCAUGGUGCAAGAAUAUACUUCAUUUGGCAAGCUAGGAACUGGAAGAUAUUCAAAGGAAUUACUGUGAAUACGAGCUCAAUAGUGCAACAAAUACAGUUUAUAGUGCGAGGAAGAAUAGAAAUGUUUAUAGAUACAAAGCAGGCAAGGAAAUGUAUAGGAUAUUUAGAGGCUCUAUGUAACUAG